AGUCCGCAGGCCGACGCUCUAUCCACUGAGUCAAACCGGUCAGGGCUACUGAAGCUUUUAAAAGUCAUGAUUGAGUCCCAUCCCUAGGAAUUGGGAUUUAAUUGGUCCAAUAUGUGCCCAAGUCAUAUUUUGGGAGCUCCCGAGAGAUUCUAAUGUUCGGCCAGAGUGGAGAACCACUGUUUUAGGGACAGGAAGGGGGAAGCGUUGAGUCUGAGUGAUGGGGAGUAUUCUGAUGCCACGCACAGUUGGGGGGCAGAGUCAGGGCUAGAGGAGGAUGCUCAGCUCAACUUUGGUUUCCAGGGGAUUGAGGUGAGGUGGGGGGGCGUCUUCUGAACUUCCACGUGGCCACAUGCAAAGCUAAGCAGCUAACUCCAGGGUUGGGGGCUGCAGACCCGCUGACUAUGUACUGAGCCCUCAUGGGAAAUGUGCGUUUUGUGAGGUUCACUUCAGCUCGGGCCUCUUUUCCUACUCCCAGGGCAAGAUGGCAGCGGAGGAAGGCUCGCAGGACACCUUGCGGCUCCAGUUCCAGGCCAUGCAGGAGAUGCAGCACAGACGGUUACAGAAGCAGAUGGAGAAACAGAAGGAAAAGGAACUGAGCCUCAACAGCAGAGACGAUGACCCGGAAGAGCCCUUGGAGGUCUUCGAUGGCCUCAGCCUUCUCCAAACUGGGGAGCAAAACUCACAAAGCGGCUUUGAGCGGCGGGUGCUGGAAGAUGAGAUCGAACAGCUUCGCCACCAGCUCAGGGAAACCGUGGACGAGAACGGGCGGUUGUACAAGCUGCUGAAGGAAAGGGACUUUGAGAUCAAACACCUGAAGAAGAAGCUGGAAGAGGACAGGUUCGCCUUCACAGGGUCAGCCGGUGUGGCUGGGGAUGCGAUUGCCAGCAAGAUCGUCGAGCUGUCCAAGAGGAACCGGGUGCUGAUGGCGGAGUCCGAGGGUGCGAAGACCAGAGUGAAGCAGCUGAGCAAUCGCGUCCGGGAGCUGGAGCAGGAACUGCAGACGGCCCUGGCCAGGCUGCCGGCCAAGGGGGCCACUGACGCGGGAGCUAAGCCGCCGAGGGCCCAGCCGGGAGAUGGAGCCUUGCCGGAGACCCCGGAGCUGAAGGCCUUGCAGGACAGGCUGGCCACCGCAAACCUGAAGACGAGUGACCUCCGCAACCAGGUCCAGUCUCUGAAGCAGGACCUCCGGAUGGCCCAGAAGGUGCUGGCCAGCGAGGUUGGGGAAGAUGUGAACAUCCAGCAGCUUCUGUCCUCGCCAGGGACCUGGAGAGGUCGGGCUCAACAGAUUCUCGUUUUGCAGAGCAAGGUUCGAGAGCUUGAGAAGCAGCUGGGACAGACCCAGAGCCAGUCUGUGGGAGCAGCCAGUGACGAGCUGUCCGUCUGUCCCGACCCGAGGAAGCUGACGGCACAGGAGAAAAACCUGCUGAGGAUCCGCAACCUGGAAAGGGAAAAGCAGGAAGGCUGGGAGAAACUGGCCGCUGAGCGGGACGCCCUCCAGAGAGAGCUCGAAGAGCUGAAGAAGAAGUUUGAGGGCGUGAGGUCCCGGAACAAGGUGCUGGCGAGCGAAGUGAAGACCCUCAGGAGUCAAAUGGGGACCCUGGUGGAGAAGGGCCGGCAUGACGACGAGCUCAUCGAUGCCCUCAUGGUCCAGCUGAAGCAGCUACAGGAGAUUCUGGGCAGCCUGAGUCUGCAGGAGGAAAAGACGCGAGCCUCCCAGCACCACCUGGACCAGCAGCUCAACAACGAGGCCCAGCAGAGCAGCAGCCUGGUGGCCCAGCUGCAGGCCAUGGUGGCUGAGCGGGAGGCCAAGGUGCGGCGGCUGGAGUUGGAGAUCGGGCAGCUCAGUGUGCAGUAUCAUCGGAAUAAAGGCGUGAGCGAGGGGUCCAGUGGGCCCGAGGUCGGCCCCGCCCACACCGAGGUCCCGGAGGACGCAGGCCUGGCCAAGUCCCCGGCCUCGGCGGCGGGCGACCACGGCAGGCUCAGAUCCCCUCGCUCGGUGACCAGCCUGGGCCACACACUCGUGGAAUCUGCCCGCACGUGGCCUUCCCCGCCCAGUCCUCAUGGGGCCUCACCCAGGUUCUUGGACUCCCCAGAACACAAGGGCUGGCAGGCCCAGGUGACAGAGCUCAAGGCUCUCUGGCAGGCCACCGAGGUGGAACGCAACCGGCUCACCGAGUUCGUCACCGUCCUGCAGAAACGGGUUUCCUGAACACACAAGUGCUGGCCUUGUUUUCCAUUUCCUCAUGCUCGGCGCUCUGUCCCCCGCUGAGGCCCUGGUAGACUGCGGCGUCCUUACCACUUCCCUGGCUUGCAGAAGGAGACUGACUGCCUCAGUCCACAGUUACGCAGACAACUCGCUCGCAGCUCGCGGCCUUGUCUGAGCCCAAGUUCACGUCUUCUGCUCUCACACUGGCUUGUGAGAUCGGAAGCUUUCCUGUGACAGAGAUAUAACUUACUGCAAAAAGACUCCUUUUCCAACCCCCACCCCCCACCAAUUUCCCGCUCCUCACAGAAAAGAUCUGUUAGAACUUUCAACAUGUUUUCUUUGUACAUCCAAAAAUAUGCAUGUAUAUGUGUACAUAUGUGUAUCUGUAGAUGCACACACAUAUAUAAUGAAUUAAAAGACGGACUCACACUAGGCACAUCUUUACAUGUCUGUGGGAGUAUAUCCGUGUUACAAACUUCUAAUAGUGGGAUCUCUGAAUCAAAGAAUAUGCGCAUUUAAAAUGUCCACAAAUAAUGGCAAAUCAUGUAUACGGCAUUAUGUAUAUAAUGUGUAAUAUUGAUCUUCAUAGAGAUCUUGUAUCCUUUGUAUUAAAUUCAUUCCUGGAUAGGGGGACCUCCUCAUCUGAGUAUUCUUUAUCCCUAUCCCAACAGUUACAGUCCUCGUGAAAGCAAAAUUUUUAACAUCAAAACAUUCACCCACCAAUGACUUGGUGUAGUCACCACUUCCCAUUGCCAUUCGGUCCAUUUGGUCAAACGCUCGAAAUAGAAUGAAAAUCAAUUACCAAGUAAAAAGGGCGGGUCUUUAACAAUGUCUGGAGUUUCAUGAGGUUGGUGCACAUGGUCUUGGGGAGCUGCUAGGACCAAAGCCAUUGACAAACGGGAGUCUAACCGCCUCGGCUCAGCUACUGAUCAAAGAAGAAGCAAUUAGCCACGUGUGGCCAAUGUGACUGAGGAGCCGAGUUUUUAAUGCCAUCUGAUGUUCAUUCAUGUGCAUUUAGCUACACAUGAGCAUUAUGCUGGCAGCCACGGUGCCGACCAGCACAGCUCUCUCAGAUUCCAUCGGACUCCCUGGUAUGAAUAUGUUAGUGACCACUAUUCUCUUUCUCCUGUUCAUGGACCUUUUAGGUUGUUUGAGUUUUUUUUGCUUCUACAAAUAGUUUCAAGGAACAUGCUUGAACAAGUUGUGUUAAGAGGCCUGUAUACUGUGUUUGUGUACUGU